GAAGAAAUAAUAGCAUGGGAUGCAGAAGAAGCAGAGGAGAAAAAGAAGGGGUCACCCAACUCGUUCUUCCAAAAUUAAAAAGUUUGACAUUGAUGUACUUGCCCGAAUUGAAGAGCAUCUGUAGCAGGAGGGCAGUUCAUCUUUACUUAGUGGCGCUGAUUUUCUUUAAUCGAUGAAGAAGAUGAAGAAGAAAUCACCUAUUGUCACUCUGAAACAGUUCAUCUUCACCAUGGCUUCUCUAAUCGAUGUGGAAAAGGAAGCUGAGAUAUCCGCCUCUAUCUCUUAAUGGGCAUCAAGGAAUUUGGAUACUUCUCAA